AUGGGUGAUAACCUACCAUACCGAUCAAAGGGCGAUCCGGAAGACGCUGGCAGGAACGAUGACCCGGAUGAGGAGGAAGAGGACAUUGACGAAACUGGCUACAAGACCGUCCGAGAUGCGGUUCUGUUCGCCAUCGAGGUUAACAAGUCGAUGCUCACGGUGCCGCAACCAUCGUCUGCCUCGAAGAAGUCUGACAACAGUUCGCCCCUUCUGGCUGCCCUGAAAUGUGCAUACCAUCUAAUGCAGCAGCGCAUCAUCUCCACCCCAAAGGAUCUCAUGGGAAUAUUGCUCUUUGGAACAGAAGCUUCCAAGUCCUACGAUGAAGACGAAAAUUCAAAGGGUGGCUGGUCUUUUCCUCACUGCUACCUGCUCACAGACCUUGAUGUGCCCGAAGCAGACGAUGUCAAAGCUCUCAAAGAGUUGGUCGAAGCGGAGUCUCCAGAGUCGGCCGAGAUCUUCAAGCCGGCAAAGCAGCCCGUCUCCAUGCACAACGUUCUCUUCUGUGCAAACCAGAUCUUCCAGCAAAAGGCUGCUAAUUUCACCUCCCGCCGGUUGUUCAUCGUCACGGAUAACGACGACCCUCAUUCAUCCAACAAGGAGUCGCGGUCUCAGGCUACUGUGAGAGCUAAAGAUCUGUACGACCUGGGUGUGAUCAUUGAACUGUUCCCAAUCUCGACCUCGGACCACAUUUUUGAUACAAAACUCUUCUGGGACGAUAUCGUCUACCGGUCAUCGCCUUCCGACCCCGAUGCGAUCGUUCACAAUCCGCCUUCCAUUGUGGACACCGAUGGUUCGAAGUUGGUGAGCGGUGCUGGUGACGGCAUCUCCUUGUUGCAGUCCUUGCUAUCCACCAUCGCCUCCAAAGUGGCCCCCAAACGUGCACUGUUCUCUUCUGUCCCACUUGAGUUGGCACCAGACUUCAAAAUAUCUGUGAAAGGAUACUUGCUUUACAAGCAUCAAAAGCCUGCUCGGAGUAGCUACAUCUACCUCGGAUCUGAACGACCCCAGAUUGUCACUGGCUACACGGAGCAAGUCGCAGACGAUGAACGUGACCGCCGACCAGUGGAGAAGGCCGAAAUCCGCAAGGCAUACACUUUUGGAGGGGAGAAAAUCACGUUUUCUGAUGAAGAAGUCAAGAAACUGCGCAACUUUGGAGCCCCGGUGAUACGAGUUAUUGGAUUUAAGCCAAUGUCCAGAUUGCCAAUGUGGGCAAACAUCAAAAACUCCACCUUUCUGUACCCAUCGGAAGAAGAUUUUGUUGGCAGCACACGCGUAUACAGCGCACUGCACCGCAAGCUGGUCCAGGAUCAGUUAUUCGGUCUGACGUGGUUUGUACCGAGAAAGAAUGCCGCUCCAGUGAUGGCCGCUAUGGUUCCAACACUUAGUGCUGAGGGCAGCGACGAUAAGCCUAACGCUGCAGGUGUAUCUGCCACGGGCGCACCCCAGGGCUUACACCUGAUCCCUCUGCCGUUUGCAGACGAUAUCCGACAGAAUCCACCUAGUACUCAUGACACCCCAUUGCGUGCACCGGAUCCGCUCGUUGAUGCGAUGAGGCGCAUCGUCCAGCAACUAAACCUUCCCAAGGGCAUCUAUGACCCUUCAAAGUAUCCCAACCCCAGCUUGCAGUGGCAUUAUCGGAUCCUCCAAGCCCUAGCCCUCGAUGACGAGAUUCCAGAGAAGCCCGAGGACAAGACAAUACCGAAAUUCCGCCAGAUAGACAAGCGAGUAGGAAGUGAGACCAUAGAAUGGGCCAAUAUGUUGGGGGAGGUCUACAAGCAGUAUCAAGCGCAGAAUCCAGACGCAGUACCUACAGGGUCGAAGAGGGUCACCACGAAUGGAGCAGCUGCGUCGUCAAGCGCAGCAAGUAAGAAGGUCAAAACGGAGGCAGCGAAUGGCACGAAUGAAGAGGAGAUCCGGAGGCUGUGGCAGAAAGGCCAAUUGGCGAAACUGACAGUUGCAGAAUUGAAGGACUUCUGUGGGACAAAGAAGAUUCCUGUCACGGGAAAGAAAGCAGACAUUGUGGAGAGGAUUGAGGAAUGGCUUGAAAGCAAGUGA